GAGCAGAGAUAAUCCUUUACAGGGACUCAUAAAGGCAUAGAGCAUCUGGAGAUUUACUGCUUCCAUCACACUGCUGGAUCUCACACAACAUUGGUUAUGUUUUCAUCACUUCUCUCCAGAAGAUUUUGGGACCCCAAAUGCCUACAGAGGCCAGGCUGGUGGGAAAGAAGCCGGAAGCCACUGCAGUGAGCCGGAGAGCCAAACCCUUUCUGGAGGAGCAGCCACUGCUCCGUUCCAGAUAAUUGUUGCAAGGCAGGAAUGUUGACCUAGUGUUACCACAUUGUCCAGUUUCUCAGGCUACAUUAUUGGAAUUUUGAAGUCAUGAAAACAUCAGAUGAACCAACCUGCAACACGUUGGAUUCAGAUUGGAAGAUAAAGAGAAAGUUUAAAGAAUGUGGCCUAUAAAGGCGGGUAGUACCUGGAAAUAUUAACCGACUCACACUGUAAAAAUGAGAGGUUUCUAAAUAAUAGAAGUUGUUUUAGUCCAACAUCGAGGUUCAAGACAAAAUGUUGAACUAAAAACUUUACACUCCUCCCUCCCCCACUUCAGACAGGUACCAGCAUUGGUGAAUUAUGAUUUUCCUUAGUCGGAAGCACUCAUUUUUACCCAUGUAGACCAUCCUUAGGAAUUAAAUAUUGGUUAUUUAAUGUAGAUUAUAAUGGGAAACUGAUUUUUUCCACAAUGGCAGAUUUCAAGGACUUGGUUCCAAACUGAGCCGAAGCUUCCCCAUGCAUUUUGUACGGUCUGGGAAAAACUAUGCUGCACUGGCCCAUUUUUGAAGGCCAUCAUGCUCUGUAAUAUAAGGAUAUCAUCUUAUUGCUGAUAUCUUUGGAGAGUCCCAAGCAGACACAGAAAAUGAAUGGAGGCAAGGAGUGUGACGGAGGGGACAAGGAAGGAGGCCUUCCAGCUAUACAAGUUCCUGUGGGUUGGCAGCGUCGUGUGGAUCAAAAUGGAGUGCUUUAUGUCAGUCCCAGUGGGUCUUUGUUAUCUUGCUUGGAGCAGGUUAAAACAUACCUGCUUACUGAUGGAACAUGCAAGUGUGGCUUGGAAUGUCCUCUUAUUCUUCCCAAGGUGUUUAAUUUUGAUCCUGGAGCUGCUGUGAAACAGAGAACUGCAGAAGAUGUUAAGGCAGAUGAAGAUGUCACAAAGCUAUGCAUACAUAAAAGAAAAAUCAUUGCAGUGGCCACACUUCAUAAAAGCAUGGAAGCCCCACAUCCUUCUCUGGUGCUCACCAGUCCCGGAGGAGGAACAAAUGCAACUCCAGUAGUACCUUCAAGGGCAGCAACUCCAAGAUCCGUAAGAAAUAAGUCUCAUGAAGGAAUUACAAAUUCUGUAAUGCCUGAAUGUAAGAAUCCUUUCAAGUUAAUGAUUGGAUCAUCAAAUGCCAUGGGAAGGCUAUGUGUACAAGAACUGCCUGGAAGCCAACAGCAAGAACUCCACCCUGUCUACCCCCGACAGAGAUUGGGCAGCAGUGAACACGGACAGAAGUCUCCAUUCCGUGGCAGCCAUGGAGGCCUGCCCAGCCCGGCGUCAUCAGGUUCCCAGAUUUAUGGAGAUGGCUCAAUCUCUCCAAGGACUGACCCACUUGGAAGUCCUGAUGUUUUCACAAGAAAUAAUCCUGGUUUUCAUGGAGCUCCCAAUUCAAGUCCUAUUCACCUGAAUAGGACUCCUCUUUCGCCACCUUCAGUAAUGCUACAUGGUUCUCCUGUACAGUCAUCCUGUGCAAUGGCUGGAAGGACUAAUAUACCUCUUUCCCCAACCUUGACUACAAAGAGUCCAGUAAUGAAAAAACCAAUGUGUAAUUUUUCAACUAACAUGGAAAUACCACGAGCAAUGUUCCACCACAAACCACCCCAAGGCCCACCUCCCCCUCCUCCACCUUCUUGUGCUCUUCAGAAAAAGCCAUUAACAUCUGAGAAAGAUCCACUUGGCAUUCUUGACCCUAUUCCUAGUAAACCAGUGAAUCAGAACCCUGUUAUCAUUAAUCCAACCAGUUUCCAUUCAAAUGUCCACUCUCAGGUACCUGUGAUGAAUGUAAGCAUGCCUCCUGCUGUUGUUCCUUUGCCAAGUAAUCUCCCUUUGCCAACUGUAAAACCUGGUCACAUGAAUCAUGGGAGUCACGUACAAAGAGUACAGCAUUCAGCUUCAACCUCCCUGUCCCCUUCUCCAGUGACAUCCCCAGUGCACAUGAUGGGGACUGGAAUUGGAAGGAUUGAGGCAUCGCCCCAAAGAUCACGCUCAUCUUCCACAUCAUCAGACCAUGGAAACUUUAUGAUGCCACCUGUAGGACCCCAGGCCACUUGUAGUGGUAUUAAGGUUCCACCCAGGUCACCAAGGUCAACAAUAGGGUCCCCAAGGCCAUCAGUGCCAUCAAGCCCUUCUACCAAGUCCGAUGGACAUCACCAAUACAAGGAUAUCCCUAACCCAUUAAUUGCUGGAAUGAGUAAUGUACUAAAUACCCCAAGCAGUGCAGCUUUUCCUACUGCAUCUGCUGGAAGUGGUUCUGUAAAGAGUCAGCCUGGUUUGCUGGGAAUGCCUUUAAAUCAGAUCUUGAACCAGCACAAUGCUGCCUCCUUUCCAGCAAGUAGUUUACUCUCAGCAGCAGCCAAAGCACAGCUAGCAAAUCAAAACAAACUUGCUGGUAACAACAGUAGCAGCAGUAGCAAUUCUGGAGCUGUUGCCGGCAGUGGCAACACUGAAGGACAUAGCACUUUAAACACCAUGUUCCCUCCUACUGCCAACAUGCUUCUCCCAUCAGGUGAAGGGCAAAGUGGUCGAGCAGCACUAAGAGAUAAACUGAUGUCUCAGCAAAAAGACUCAUUGCGGAAAAGAAAACAGCCACCUACCACAGUGUUGAGUUUGCUCAGACAGUCUCAAAUGGAUAGUUCUGCAGUUCCUAAACCUGGACCCGACUUGCUAAGGAAGCAGGGUCAAGGUUCAUUUCCCAUCAGUUCAAUGUCUCAGUUACUACAAUCUAUGAGUUGUCAAAGCUCUCACUUGAGUAGCAAUAGUACCCCGGGUUGCGGGGGCUCAAAUCCUGCUUUGCCUUGCUCUGCUAACCAGCUGCAUUUUACAGAUCCCAAUAUGAACUCCAGUGUUCUUCAGAAUUCACUGACACAGAACAUACCUUUAAGAGGGGAAGCCGUGCACUGCCAUAACGCAAACACUAACUUUGUUCACAGUAACAGUCCAGUCCCCAACCACCAUCUUGCAGGUUUAAUAAAUCAGAUUCAGGCUAGCGGGAACUGUGGGAUGCUCAGUCAGUCGGGCAUGGCUUUAGGAAAUUCAUUACAUCCCAAUCCACCUCAGUCAAGAAUUUCAACGUCCUCCACUCCAGUGAUACCAAACAGCAUUGUUAGCAGCUAUAAUCAAACAAGUUCUGAAGCAGGAGGUUCAGGACCAUCAUCUUCCAUAGCCAUAGCAGGCACCAACCACCCUGCCAUCACAAAGACAACGUCUGUUCUUCAAGAUGGCGUCAUAGUCACCACCGCAGCUGGAAACCCACUGCAGAGUCAGCUGCCCAUUGGGAGUGAUUUUCCUUUUGUUGGCCAGGAGCACGCACUUCAUUUUCCAUCCAACAGCACUUCAAACAACCAUCUUCCACACCCCUUGAACCCCAGCCUCCUCAGUUCUCUACCUAUCUCUUUGCCAGUGAAUCAACAGCAUCUCCUAAACCAGAAUCUAUUAAAUAUCCUCCAGCCUUCAGCAGGAGAAGGCAAGUCUGAGAUCAACUUCCACCCUUUAGGUUUUCUCAACCCGAAUGUAAACGCUGCUUUAGCUUUUCUCUCCAGUGACAUGGAUGGGCAGGUAUUACAGCCUGUUCACUUUCAGCUCUUAGCAGCCCUGCUUCAGAACCAAGCCCCGGCAGCUGCCAUGCUUCCCCUGCCAUCUUUCAAUCUGACCAUCUCAGAUCUUUUGCAACAGCAAAAUACCCCUUUACCCUCAUUAACACAGAUGACAGCCCCACCAGACCAUUUGCCAAGCAAUCAGUCAGACAACAGCCGAGCUGAGACCCUUUUAACCAGCCCCCUGGGGAACCCUUUACCAAGCUUUGCAGGCAGUGACACUACUUUUAACCCCCUGUUCCUCCCAGCUGUCACUGGGGCCUCAGGAUUAAUGGCCUUGAAUCCCCAGCUGUUGGGAGGUGUCCUGAACUCGGCAUCGGCCAACUCUGCUAAUCAUCCAGAGGUUUCCAUAGCAACCUCCUCCCAGGCAACCACUACCACAACCACUACAUCAUCAGCAGUGGCAGCACUGACUGUCUCAACACUUGGUGGGACAGCAGUGGUGUCAAUGGCAGAAACAUUGCUGAAUAUAUCUAAUAAUGCUGGGAAUACACCUGGUCCAGCUAAACUCAACAGUAACUCUGUGGUGCCACAGCUACUUAACCCUCUACUGGGGACAGGUCUGCUUGGUGAUAUGUCAUCAAUAAACAAUACUUUGAAUAACCAUCAACUGACUCAUCUACAGUCGCUGUUAAACAACAAUCAGAUGUUUCCUCCAAAUCAGCAACAGCAGCAACUUCUCCAGGGGUACCAGAACCUCCAGGCAUUCCAAGGGCAGUCCACAAUUCCUUGCCCAGCUAACAAUAACCCCAUGGCUUGUCUGUUUCAGAACUUUCAGGUGAGAAUGCAAGAAGAUGCAGCUCUCCUAAACAAAAGAAUAAGCACUCAGCCGGGGCUCACAGCACUUCCUGAGAAUCCAAACGCUACACUUCCACCUUUCCAAGAUACACCUUGUGAGUUGCAACCAAGGAUUGACCCAUCUCUUGGUCAGCAGGUGAAGGAUGGCCUUGUUGUGGGUGGCCAAGGCGAUGCUUCUGUGGAUGCCAUUUACAAAGCAGUUGUGGAUGCAGCCAGCAAAGGAAUGCAGGUUGUCAUCACCACUGCAGUCAACAGUACAACUCAGAUCAGCCCCAUUCCAGCUCUGAGUGCCAUGAGUGCCUUCACUGCCUCAAUUGGUGACCCAUUAAAUCUCUCCAGUGCUGUCAGUGCGGUCAUUCAUGGACGAAACAUGGGAGGUGUGGAUCAUGAUGGUAGGCUGAGGAAUGCAAGAGGGGCUCGGCUGCCCAAGAAUCUAGACCAUGGGAAAACCUCAAAUGAAGGAGAUGGGUUUGAGUAUUUCAAGUCAGCAAGUUGCCACACGUCCAAAAAACAGUGGGACGGGGAACAAAGCCCCCGAGGGGAGCGAAACAGGUGGAAGUAUGAGGAAUUUUUAGAUCAUCCAGGCCAUAUCCACAACAGUCCUUGUCAUGAAAGGUCCAACAAUGUCUCUACACUGCCAUUUCUGCCUGGGGAACAGCACCCAAUACUGUUACCACCAAGAAACUGUCAAGGGGAUAAAAUUCUGGAGGAAAAUUUCAGGUAUAAUAACUACAAAAGAACUAUGAUGAGUUUUAAGGAGAGACUAGAGAACACUGUGGAAAGAUGUGCACACAUUAAUGGGAAUAGACCUCGACAGAGUCGGGGAUUUGGAGAGCUGCUAAGCACUGCAAAGCAAGACCUGGUCCUAGAGGAGCAGUCUCCAAGUUCCUCAAAUAGUUUGGAAAGUUCUCUGGUCAAAGACUACAUCCAUUACAAUGGAGACUUUAAUGCCAAAAGCAUUAAUGGGUGUGUGCCUAGCCCUUCAGACGCUAAAAGCAUUAGUAGUGAAGAUGACCUAAGGAAUCCAGACUCCCCCUCUUCAAAUGAGUUGAUACAUUAUAGACCAAGGACGUUCAAUGUUGGUGACUUGGUCUGGGGCCAAAUCAAAGGACUGACUUCCUGGCCUGGAAAAUUAGUAAGAGAAGACGACGUUCACAAUUCAUGUCAACAAAGCCCCGAGGAAGGGAAGGUCUGGGUAAUGUGGUUUGGUCUUCAUACCUUCACUCAGGUGGAGCCCGAGAAGUUGAAGACACUAACAGAAGGUUUGGAAGCCUACAGCCGAGUCCGGAAAAGAAACAGAAAAAGUGGAAAGCUAAAUAACCAUUUAGAAGCUGCUAUUCAUGAGGCCAUGAGUGAACUGGACAAAAUGUCUGGGACUGUACACCAAAUCCCACAAGGAGACAGACAAAUGAGACCCCCCAAGCCCAAGAGGAGGAAGAUCUCCAGAUAACAGAGACUACUCCAGUAAUGCGCAGUGUUUAUCAAAGGAACGUGCACAGAUGUAUCUGUAUAUAGGUAUUGAUAUAGCCACUGUUAUAUCAAUAUUUACACUAUGGCAGAUAGCUACCACCACCACAGGGUGCUAAAAGAACAGUGAUAGAAAAUUUUUGAUCAGGAAGGAUAAUGAAUGCUGGAAAAACCAAUCAAAAUUCCUGUCUGAUGAGAGUGAUAAAUGGUCCAGAGAUUACUGAGAAACUUUUUUUCUAUAAUACUAAAAUCGUGAUUAUAUGAAAUAGUCCAAAUGUUUCUGAAGACUUUUCAAUGUUGUAUAUAGAAAAUACAGAAUUUCAUGGUGAUAUCAGAAAUGUAAAUAUUGUACAAUAUUGUCAUGUACAAGCGUACCUAAUGCACACUUUAUCUUUUAUUGUACAAAGAAAUAGUGUACAAAAUUCUUUGGUUUCUAUGGAGUACACCUACCAGAGACUACCAGUGUAAAGUGAUAAAUAAAAAUACAAUCUAAAUGCUUUUCUAUGA